AGCGGUGUGCAUGCUAAUCACAUGACCGCAUAGUCAUCCAACAUGGCGGACGAUAGGGAGCCACCUCCUCUUUUUGACGACGAGAAACCCGACAAGAAAGAAGACGAGGAUGACUUGUUUGCGACUCCUAAUGAGGCGCCCAAGGAAGAGGUAAAAGAUGAGCCAGCCAGCCUGCCCACGGAGCCUGCCCAGGACAAGUCUGAGGACCUGUUCGCUGCAGACGAUGACCUAUUUGGAGAGAAACAGGAAGGUGUGAAGGAGGUUGACACGUCAAAGCUUCUUCGGAAACUCACGGAAGAUGUAGACGACCUCUCACCUGUAGAGGAACCAAAGCCUCUCAUUCCGACAGCAGCAGAUUCGGGCAAAGCACCCCAAAGUGAUACAUCUGGAAAAAAGGAAUCUCCAAAAGAAAAAGCAAAGGAGGAAGAUUCACAGGCCAAGGAACCCAAGCCUAAGGAAGUGCCAGCCAGUAUGGCAAAGGACCAGUCUCCGCUGAAACCUAUGAAAGUCUCUGUAGACCUUCAUGCCCCCAAACCUGCACAAAACAUGCAGGAAGACUCCGCUGACUCGCCCAAACUGGAAGUUACUGACGAGCCUCCUCCUGAGAUGGACAUCUCUGGAGAAGGUGAGGAGGUUGACCUGGACUCCCCCGAGACGGAGGGCCCCUCCAGCCCGGCCAAGAUGGAGCCUGACUCAGACUCCUCCCCCCUGGAGGCCCCCCCCAUGGCGGAGGUGCUCCCCCCUGCCAAACCUGUCCCCGAGGAGAAACCCAAGCCGACCCCCGCCCCACGCAAACCCUCCAUGGAGAAAUCCAAGGAAGAGAUUGAGGAAGAAGAAAGUGGAGACCAGUUUACUUUGGACAUCAAGGUGCAUGAUCCUGGGAAAGUUGGUGAUGGUAUGGGGGCCUACAUGAGUUAUAAAGUCACCACUCAGACUAGCAUUCCAGCGUUCAGGCGCCCCAGCAUGACAGUCACGCGACGAUUCAGCGACUUCCUCGGUCUUCACGAGAAACUCUCGCAGAAACACGUCCACGUGGGCCGCAUCGUGCCACCUGCUCCUGAGAAGAGCGUUGUUGGUAUGACUAAGAUCAAGAUGUCCAAGGAAGACACCAGCUCCACUGAGUUUGUGGAGAAGAGGAGGGCCCUCCUGGAAAGGUUCCUGCAGAGAAUAAGUAUCCACCCAGUCCUUCAGAUGGACCCAGACUUCAGGGACUUCCUGGAACAGGAUGAGCUGCCGCGUGCCACCAGUACCUCGGCGGUGAGCGGCGCGGGCGUGCUGCGACUGAUCAAGGGCGUGGGCGACACCCUGUCCAAGGUCACCAUCAAGAUGGACGAGUCGGACCAGUGGUUCGAGGAGAAACAGAACCAGGUGGAGGCUCUGGACCAGCAGCUGAAGAAGCUACACGCCAGCGUGGAGGCCCUGGUCACCUACAGGAAAGAGCUUGGUAUCAGCACGGCAGCCUUUGCGAAGAGCACAGCCAUGCUGAGUAACAGUGAGGAACACACGGCCCUGUCCCGCGCCCUGUCCCAGCUCGCUGAGGUCGAGGAGAAGAUUGAACAGGUUCAUUUGGAGCAGGCAGACAAUGAUUUCUUCCUGCUGUCUGAACUCCUGAAGGACUACAUCGGAAUCAUCCAGUCCAUUAGGGUUGUCUUCCACGAGCGAGUGAAGAGUUUCCACAACUGGCAGAACGCCCAGCAGAACCUGGCCAAGAAGCGGGAACAGGAGGCCAAGUUCAAACAGACGGGCAAGACCGACAAGAUCGCCCAGGCACAGGAGGAGAUCAGAGAGUGGGAAGGAAAGGUGGAGAAGGGCCGAGAAGACUUCGAGGAGAUCUCCAAGACAAUCCGCACAGAGAUCAGGAGGUUUGAGACCAACCGUGUGAAAGAUUUCCGCAACAUUAUCAUCAAGUACAUGGAAACACUCAUGAACAGUCAGCAACAGCUUAUCAAGUACUGGGAAGGGUUCCUCCCUGAAGCCAAAGCCAUCGCAUAGACCUGCUCACAAGACGGUGGAAACAUAGAGAACCAACAAUUAAGCAGAGAAUCAACCAAUUAAAAUCAACUGCAGAUCUACACGUAGUAUUAGAAAUGAUCUUGAUUCAGACUGUUGGCAUUGAUACUAUAGAUGUGUAUAAAGAUACGUAGCAUUAGAUAAAUGUGCCUGUUGAAGUUUGUCCUAAGGAGGGGGUCGUAACAGUACAAAAAUGUAUGUAACAGCACAGUUUCUAGAUUAUCAGAAAUAUGUAAAUGAAUUUGACUCACCAGGAUUUUCGAACAAAGCUCUCGGUCUUCAUGGAAAAUUUUUGUGAGUCAAAUUCUUUUGAGUUGGAGAACAGUUUAUUUCUCAAUAUGUCAAUUACCAACUCAGAUGAACUUUCAUGCUAAUUUCCCAUAUGCUCCUAAACCCUCCUUAGAAUUUGCCUCAACUUGUGGAUAACCAGUGGAUAUUCAAGCAUCUGUCAUUUUUUCAAUGCUUUCAGUGUGCUGAUUUGAAUUUCUACAGUUGAUCAAAAGAGAUAUUUGUAUUUUGCAUACAUGUAUGUCUGUAUGGCUGACACCAUGAUGAUUAAUUAACACAAUUCAGUACAAGUUAGCCUUAAAUAGCAUUCCUUGAGGCUUUAUAUUAUUGAAUAUAUCAGAUAAUAAUGACUCCGUAAGUGGAAACUAAUAGUUGUGAUUUUGGUAUCAGUGAGGGAAAAAUAGCUUCAGGCUCUUGCCAUUCCAACAUAGCAACAAAUGAAUUGUAAGCUGAGUUUUCUUUCUGUUUUUGUAAGGAAGUGAAAUGAAACAUUACUUUCAGACUGGCAUCUGUCAAUCACAGAAUAUUAGUUCAUUAUGAGAGUGGCUGUUUUCCAGGUGAUUCAUCGAAGUAAAAUGUCACUGGUCUCCUCUAACCAAAAUGCACGCAACAGUUACAUGUAGGUAUCUUCACAGAAUAAAGAGCUCAGCAAACAACUUU